AUGGCGGUGAAAAACGGAGGAUCCCUCCUUGGAAACAAUCCUAGGAUGCGACGACAUAUUCAACCAUCGCAGGAAACCAGUGAUACAUACACAAGACAACGGCAAAAAAAUAACUUCGCGGCGAAACAAAGCCGUGACAAGAGAAAAUUACGGGAAGCUCGCCUCGCCGUGCAAGCAACUUACUUGAAGAAGCAAGUUGCUGAGCUGAAGGCGAGGCUGAACCAAAGUGUGUGUGCUCGGUGUUUACCUUCUUGUAAAUAG